AUGUCUCUUGCACCAAACCUGGCGCCAUCAUGCGGCGCAUGUUCGUUAUCUCGUUAUAUAUUGAGUGAAGAGCGUGGAGAGAGUUGCAGAGGGAAUUUUAACAAGAGUUGUUGAGGUGUGGUCGUAGAUUUUGGUUUAGGGUAGGGUCAGGUGCCGUGAAAAAAUGUCCGAGUCUUUGCAAUUGCGAGGUACUCUUAGAGGUCAUAGUGGUUGGGUUACGCAAGUUACUACGAAUUCAAAAUAUCCAGACAUGAUGUUAUCAGCAUCUCGAGAUCGCUCCUUGAUAUUAUGGAAGUUGCUUCGUGAUGAGACAAACUUUGGGAUCCCUCAAAAAAGAUUACAUGGCCAUAGUCACUUUGUUAGUGAUACCGUAAUAUCUUCAGAUGGUCAUUUUGCUCUCUCGGGUUCCUGGGAUAAGACUCUUAGACUCUGGGACCUAACUAAAGGAGUCAGCACUCGCCAAUUUGUAAAUCACAGUAAGGAUGUAUUAAGUGUUGCAUUCUCAGCUGAUAACAGACAAAUUGUGUCUGGUAGUAGAGAUAAAAGCAUUAAACUUUGGAAUACAUUAGCACAGUGUAAAUACACAAUGCAGGAUGAUGGCCAUACAGACUGGGUUUCAUGUGUCAGGUUCUCACCAAAUGUACAGAGCCCAAUUAUUGUAUCCUGUGGCUGGGAUAAAAGGGUCAAGGUAUGGAAUCUUGCAAAUUGUAAACUUAAGACUGAUCAUACUGGCCAUACUGCCUAUCUGAAUUCUGUGACAGUAUCACCUGAUGGUUCCCUUUGUGCUUCUGGAGGGAAGGAUUGGGCAGUUAUGCUAUGGGACUGAAAUGAUGAAAAACAUUUGUAUACUCUGGAGCAUAAGGGCAUAAUCAAUGCCCUCUGUUUCUCACCAAACCGUUACUGGUUGUGUGCAGCUACUGGACCCUCUAUCAAGAUUUGGGACUUAGAAGGAAAGCUGCUGGUGGAUGAGCUGUGCCCUGAGGUGAUCAGUCAGUUUUCAGGCUUGGACACACAAACACCAGACUGCCUUUGCUUGGCAUGGUCUAGUGAUGGACAAACCCUGUUUGCUGGUUACUCUGAUAAUCACAUUCGUGCCUGGCAGGUUACGCCUUCUGUUAUCAGUUAAACAGUAUCAUUGUUCCUUCUGGGUGCUUUUAAGCAUUUGUUUAAGAAGAAAUAUUGCUAUUUAGUUUCAGGUAUGGCUGCAUUAGCACAGUUGUUGCUACCAGAUAUGCAUCUUCUAGUCUGAAGUUAAUAAUUACAUAUGUCUCAUAAGCGCAUUAUAACAAAGUUCCUUAUAAAGCUCAACAUUUUUAUUUCAGUACUGAUGAAGCAUUUGUUAUGUAGUAAUAAUCAUUUUUGUUCUAGCAACAGAUGAUUCUGUAUGGUAUAUUUAGUUCACUUGGUAACACAGAUGGCUUUGUAUUCAAUUUAGUACUACAAAGAAGAGAUUGGUAUGUCCCUCUGUUGCUUAUACAAAUGAUAUUUUCAAUACUUCGUGUAGUUAAUAAGGUAAUAUGAUAUUUAAUUUGUUGUACUGAGAUUAUCUGGAUAUUCGUGAACUUUUUUCUUAAGAAGAUAGUUUUUUUUAUAUAUAUAUUUUCCAGUGCUGUGAUAAUGAAUGUCUGUAGUUAAUAAGGCAUGUGAUAUUUGUUUUGUUGAAUGAGUAUAUCUAGAUUUAUUAUUCAUAAAUUUAAUUCUUUACUUUUAUAAGGACAACACAGUUUUUUCCUUUUUUCAUUACUGUGCUAAUGAAUAGUGUAUAACUGAUAAAGGUCUAGUGAAAUAGAUUUUUGUGUUGCAUUGUAAGACUGAAUUGCUGUUAGAAUUGCAUUAUUUCAUAUGUUUACCUUUCAAAUAAAUUGACAUCUUUUCUCGUUUUCUUAUGUGGAACUCUUGCCCAAGGUUUGUCCAUACCUUUUAGUUACAUUCCGUAUAUUUAAACCUCAAUUUGCAUGAUCUG